AUGACCGGACGCGCCCAGCAGCACGACGAGGACGUGCAGGCGCAGGUGGCGAGGAAAAUCGCCGAGCUGACGCAGGUUGAGCAGGCAAAGCAGGCGGACAAGGCUCGACCUGUGAAGGUGGCCGCGAACAUCCCCGCCGCGGUCAAAAAGGCCGAGGGGGCCGACAAGACCAAAAUGACUGAACCUACCAAACAGCCCGAACAAGUUCACAAGACCGCAGACACCAAAGCAGUCGCCAAGACCAAGGCAGACGACAAGGCCAAAGCGGUCGAGCCGGUGAGAGAACUCCAGCAGACCACGAUCGCUCAGAAGAUCGAGGAGAGCAAGCCGGUGAAGACGGCGAAGCCAGCCGCAGAGCGACAGAGCGAGGGAACCGUUCACCAUCCUCAGCAGACGCAGACAGCUGCGCAGACCAAGGCGGCCGACAAGAUCAAGACUCUCGAGCAAGUUGGGCACACCACCAACGUCCAGCAAACCAAGCCGACUGAAAAGGACAAGACGAUCGAAAAGGCAAAGCAACCCGAGCCGACCAAAUCCACCCAGAAGAGCGAGGAGAUCAAGCCAGUUGAAGGGGCCAAGCCCAUCUGGAAGAGCAAGUCGGUCGAAAAGGCCAAGGCCGAAGAGAUGGCGGAGCCCACGCCCGUCAAGGCGACCAACCCCGAAGACAUGAGCAUCACUCAGCAGAACGAGCCCGUCGAGGAGAACGAGCUCGCAGAGCAGAUCGAGCACCGCAUCGACGACGCCAGCUUCCAGCUCAUCCUCCAGCUGCAGCUCGACGACCUCGAGGCCCUCAAGGCCCGCGACAAGGGCAAGCAGCGCGAGGGAGAACCAUCCGACAUCGACGUCGCCCUCGGCCUCGCACAGGGGGACCUCCAAACGGCCAUGACGCAGCAGCACGACCGCCAGAUGUGCAUCAGCAUCGCCAAGGCCGUCUCCACGGACGCUGCGGCCAUCCGCCGCGGCCCGAUCGACCAGCUCCUCACCCAGUCGCUCGACCGCACCGUCGCCGCCCGCCCGCAGACGGACCCCGCGCCGCGCCGCGGCAACAGAGACGAGCACACGGGGCUCGACGCCGAGCUCAUAGAGAGGCUCGAGGCGCUCAACGACUUUUCGGAGGGCGUCGUUGCGAGCUGCGGCGGCGAGCACGCUGCCUUUGCCACGGACGAAUGGUCGGCAGCAUACCCCCACGAGUCAGACAACGAAUCGAUUGUCUAUGAAUAUCCUCCUGGCUGGCUGGACAAGUGCGAGUGCUGCCACGACAGCUUCUCGCCCUCCAUCAUGGCAACGGCGCCCUGCUCGCACAAGUACUGCCGCGCGUGCCUGAACGACCUCUUCCGCAGCGCCUCGGUCGACGAGUCCCUGUUCCCGCCGCGCUGCUGCAAGCGCCCCAUUCCCGUCGACACGACCCUGCUCUCCACGGAGACGGUCGACAUCUUUCGCGCCAAGGAGGAGGAGUUUUCCACCCCGAACCGCACCUACUGCCACCGCCCGCAGUGUUCGGCGUUUCUGCCCGCGCACUGCAUCCAGGGCAACCUCGCGGCGUGCGGCAAGUGCAAGUUCAAGACGUGUGUCGCGUGCAAGGGCGCGCCGCACGUCAAGGGCGAGUGUCCCAAGGAUGCCGCCACGCAGGAGGUCCUCCGCAUGGCCAAGGAGCAGGGCUGGCAGCAGUGCAAGUCCUGCAAGCGCGUCGUCGAGCUCAACACGGGCUGCUACCACAUGACUUGUCUUUGCAAGGCCGAGUUCUGCUACCUCUGCGGCAGAAAGUGGAAGACGUGCCACUGCGCGCAGUGGGACGAACGCCGCCUCUUCAACCGCGCCGAGCAAAUCGUCAACCGCGACGCUCGCUACGCCCAGCUCGGAGUCAUGGAGCGCGCUCAGAUGGUGAACCGCGCCGUGGCGGGCCUGCGCCAGAACCACGAAUGUCGACACUACGACUGGCACUUCGUCAGAGGUCGCCACGAAUGCGACGAGUGCCACGAUGUCCUGCCCGAGUUCAUCUUUACGUGCACCCGGUGCGACAUUCGGGCGUGCAAGCGCUGCCGCUAUAAUCGCCUCUGA